UGGUCCUGCAAACACACAUAGACAACGGGACAAUGGCAGGUAAAGCGUUACUGAGCGUGGGUCUCCUUGCCGGUGCCCUAUGCUGUGUUCAAGGGCAGUUUGACUACACUAUGCGGCCCAUUAUAGGCAUCCUAUCUCAGCAUCCUCCGGACAGCAUCCUUGAAGGUUUAGAGGAUAAGAACUACACAUCCUACAUUGCUGCGUCUUAUGUGAAGCAUUUCGAGAGUGCUGGAGCCCGAGUCGUUCCGAUUCUUAUCAAUCAAGAUGAUGCUUAUUAUGAGAAUCUGGCCAAACAUCUCAAUGGGUUUGUGUUCCCAGGAGGCGCCACCUCUAUCACCAACUCCAGUGGAUACGGAGCAGCUGGUGCCAAGAUAUACCAGCUCGUGAAAGAGGCAAACUUAAAAGGCGUGUAUCUUCCUCUAUGGGGCACGUGCCUGGGCUUCGAGAUGAUGACUUACCUCGCCGCUGGAGAGGAGAAAUGGCUCGCUAGCUGCAGGGCCUCCAACAAGGUUGACCCUCUUACUGUUACAAAAGAUUACAUGGACUCCCGUAUCUUCACACAAAUGCCAGACUAUGUUAUCGGUUAUAUCAGGCUCCUCAACACGACUGUCAAUUUUCACAAGUGGUGCAUGACACCUGAGAACUUCACCCUCUCUGGCCUCGCCGACGAGUUCAAGCUCCUGGCCACCAGCUUCGACUUCGACGGCCUCGAGUACGUGGCGCUGAUGGAACACGUCGCCCUCCCUCUCUUCGGCUCGCAGUUUCACCCCGAGAAGAACCAGUUCGAGUGGAAGGACGACGAGAAACACGACGCCAUUCCCCACACGCCCCAGGCUGUGGGCGUCGGACAGUUCUUCGCCAAUUUCUUUGCUAAUCAAGCUCGCCAUAACAGCCAGAAGUUCCCGACCGAAGAGGAGGAAACGGCGGCCCUCAUCUACAACCACCAGCCUUUCUUUACCCAAGGAACCUCCGGCUUCGUCCAGGCCUAUCUCUUCCGCUGAUCGUCCG